AAACUUUGACGUAAAAACACCGGAACCAAAAAUGUUCCGUCAUUCGUCUUCUUCCGGAGCGGUUAUUGUGCGACUCCCGCACUGACGGCUAAUCUGCCUCCGCCCUUGACAAGCUAAACAGUCCUCUCUCUGACAUAUUUAAACGUGUGUUAGACGUCUGUCUCUGCCUUCUCUACGUUCCUCCUGAUGGGCGGCUGGUCCCGCAGUGCCGUGCUGCAGCUGUACCGAGCACUGCUCCGUGCAGGCCAACAUCUACAGUACACAGACCGCGACUACUACCGGCGUGCUGUGGCCCGAGAGUUUAGGCCCUGUCAGACCCUCAGCGCCCCGGCAGAGAGGGAGGACGCGCUGAAGAGAGGCCAAUUCUUCCUCAGUAGCGGCCUGGGGGGGUUGGUGUAG